GGCGGGCACCGAGUCACCAGGCACGACAGUGGGCUCCGAGUCAACUGGCAUGACCGCUGGCACUGGGUCAGACAUUGGAUCGUCUGGCUGGACAGCGGGCAUCGGGUCACCAGGCAUCAGGUCAUUUGGCUCGACAGCGGGCACCGCGUCAUCUGGCAAGGCACAAGCACCGCGUCAUCUGGCAAGGCAGUGGGCUCCGAGUCAACUGGUAUGACCGCGGGCUCUGGGUCAGACAUUGGAUCGUCUGACUGGACAGCGGGCAUCGGGUCACCAGGCAUCAGGUCAUUUGGCUCGACAGCGGGCACCGCGUCAUCUGGCAAGGCAGUGGGCUCCGAGUCAACAGGCACGACAGUGGGCACCGGGUCAUCAGGCAUUGGAUCGUCUGGCUCGACAGCGGGCAUCGGGUCACCAGGCAUCAGGUCAUUUGGCUCGCCAGCGGGCACCGCGUCAUCUGGCAAGGCAGUGGGCACCGAGUCACAGGUACGACAGCGGGCUCUGAGUCAAUUGGCACGAUAGCGGGCACCGGAUCAGGUACCGGAUCAUCUGGAUCAACAGCGGGCAUCGAGUCAACUAGCCUAAUAGGAUCAGAGGCAUCAGGCAGAGAGAGGCAUCAGGCAGAAGAGAGGCAUCAGGCUGAGUACAGGCAU